AUGGGCCUUUUCCAUGGUGGCCUUCAAAAUAUGUUUUCAGCCUAUACCACCAAAGACCACCCAGUUUACAUGUCUGUCUAUAACAACGGCACCAAGAUGCCUUCACCGCAGGAGACAUCUAAUGGCUUCCCCCAGCCCAGUGCCUCAGGUACUUGGCACAAACCAGAAGAGGAAGUACGACUGGUAGAAUCUGGCUUGGUGAAGAAGGCACACCGAGAAAUCCUGGACCAUGAGAGGAAACGGCGGGUGGAGCUGAAGUGCAUGGAGCUGCAGGAGAUGAUGGAGGAGCAAGGGUAUUCUGAAGAGGAUAUCCGGCAGAAGGUUGGCACCUUCCGGCAAAUGCUGAUGGAAAAGGAGGGUGUUCUCACCCGUGAAGACCAACACGGACGACAUAUAGUGAUAGAAAAUCAUCAUAUGGUAGAUGGAGAAGAAUAUGCCAUACAAUAUGCAGAGUAUGAAGAAGGUUGCCCAUUGCAGUGUGACUGUGCAGCUGACUGUUACCAGUAUGACAGCAGUCACCAAGAAUACAGGCUGAAGAGACAGUCUAGUAGCUCCACCUCUCCACCACCAAAGAAAAAAAAGAAAAAAAAAUCAGGUCACCGGCGAAACCGCAAAAAAAGGAAACCUGGAUCAGAGCAUAGGUCUGGAUCUGGAUCUCAUAAGAAGAGGAGGCACAGAUCCAGAAGUCCCAAGAGCAAAAGGAAAGAAAAAAAUAAAGACAGAAAAAGAUCUCACAGUGAACUGUCUCCUCGUCGCUCCCACAGACAUAGCAGUUGUAGUUCUCGGAGCCUUUCCAUUUCCUCGGAAUACAGUGACUGCAAAUCCACAGGCAGAUUGAGCCCCAAAUACAGAGAGGAUGGUCAAAGGGCCAGCAGCCACAGAUCCAGCCACAGCCCAUCCUCCUCUUGCACUGGCCACAGCCGAUCAGCCACGCCUCAUCAAAAUGGGCACAAGGGCAGUGCCCAGAAUGGUCGCCAUAGCCAUGGUGCCCUGUCGGAGAAGAAACAGGAGCAGAGGUUGGGUUCCCUGUCGCCUUCAGCCAAAGGGCACAUAAAGACCGAAACCCUAUCGCUCCACGCCAAAGAAAGCAGGGGGAACAAACAUGGGGCCAAGACCCCCCGGAGGUCCACAUCCCCAGGGAGAUGCUCUGGAGGAGACAAACCCUCCCACAGGCGUCACACCAGAUCCACAUCAAAACACAAGCGCAAAGGGCGUCGCAGGGCCAAAACCUCUGCAAGCAAGGAAUCAUCCUGGUCGGUCAGCCAUACAGGAUAUAGCAGUGACUCAGAAGGGUCUACCUAUUCACAUCAAUACCACGCAACAACCGGGGCAGAAAAGAACCACAGGGUACAUCUGAAAACGGCAAAAGAGAGGCACCACCGGGGAAGACCACAUAGUUGUUCUCCGACUUCAGUCAAACACUCCAGACACAAUUCUGAACGAAGGAGGAGUCUAUCUCGAAGCAGUUCCUGGAGCUCUAGUCAGUCUCCAUCAAAAUCCCGAUCCCGAUCUCGGGAGAAGAGAGCUGGACGCAGCAGGACUCGAUCGGGAUCACAGAAAAAAACAACAAGCAGCAGAGAGAAGGACAAUGAGCCACGAACACGUCAUAGUGACACAGAACCAACCCGUGCCCGGCGACGUUCCCGCAGCUAUUCCCCCAUCAGAAAGAGAAGGCGUGAUUCUCCAAGUUUCAUGGAGCCUAGAAGAAUCACUAGUGCUCGGAAGCGUCCAAUCCCCUACUAUCGACCCAGCCCUUCCUCUUCCAGCUCACUUACCAGCUACUCCUACAGUCGCAGCCGCAGCCGCAGCUAUGACAGCUACAGCAGCAGCAGGAGCCGGACUCGCACCCAGAGCCGCAGUCCAAGCUACAACAGCCGAAGCAGUUCUGAGAGCACUGGAUUUUGA